GCAAUGAGGCGCGUAGGGGCGGAAACACCGCGGCGGGCGAGCUGGUGUGUGUGUGUUAUGUGACGAGUUGAAAAUGGCGGAGCGGCUAGAGGGACGGCAACUUUAACGGAAAACGAAAACAAAAUAUUAUUUUUUUAAAGAAAGAAGUCUAUUUUUUAUUACCGAACCGCACAAAACUUUAAGAGACUCCGGUAUACGGUGGAGGAAAUACGAAGUCUAUGAUUGAAGAUUUAAUUUAGGAAAGCUUCAAAGAUAAGAAAGCGAAAGAGCCGCUUUAAAGCAGUACUCCCUCUUAAGCACACAGCCUACCAGUCUGCCUGCCUGCACUUCUGGGUCUUUUUAUAUAAUAACUUCGACACUUGAGCAUGGUCGUGAACGUCAUGCUUCUGCACGUCCAGCGCCCCAUGCUCUGAUUACCUUGUGGCAGACAGUUUGGUUCCUGAGACUAAGAGGGUUACAUGUUUUUCGACAUUCUAUGGUUUUCGUUAGAAACUGCAGCGAACUACACCAGAAAAGCCUUGCAACUGUCCCAGCUGAUAACGUUAAGAGAUUGAAAUCCACUUUGAACCCUACCCGAGUCUCCGGACCGCGACUGGCAUUCAGUUUGCACUUUUUUAAGGAAACACUUGGUGUCCUGAGAAAAUAAACUGCAACAACAGGAACGCCCACAGUUCUGGUACCCGGGGUAGUCCAAAAGGAUGGAGCAGGAAGCCAAAUUGCGCUACAGCAAGCGACUGCGUUCUGGCACCCGACGCCGCUACCAGGAUGAUGGAAUAUCAGAUGAUGAAAUUGAAGGAAAGAGAACCUUUGACCUGGAAGACAAACUUCUUAGUAACAACUACUCUGCCAACUUUGUCCAUAUUAUGGAAGGCAAAGACUUCAGCAUUGAGUACAUACAGAGAGAAGGGCUCCGAACACCUUUAGUAUUCACAAAUUCUGAGGGCCUGGGACUAAAGAUGCCUGGCGAAGACUUCAGUGUGAAUGAUGUAAAGUAUUUUGUUGGCAGCCGACGCAUGAUUGAUGUGAUGGAUGUAACAACCCAAAAAGGAAUUGAAAUGUCCAUGGCCCAAUGGAGGAGGUAUUAUGAGACGCCACCAGAGGAGAGGGACAAGCUUUACAAUGUAAUUAGCCUUGAAUUUAGCCACACAAAACUGGAAAACCUGGUUCAACGUCCUGCAAGUGUGGACAAGAUUGACUGGGUGGACAAUAUGUGGCCACGACAUCUAAAGGAAAGGCAAAGGGACUCAACUAAUGCUAUAUUUGACAUGAAGUAUCCAAAGGUGCAGAAGUAUUGCUUGAUGAGUGUUCAGGGGUGCUACACAGACUUCCAUAUUGAUUUUGGAGGUACAUCUGUCUGGUACCAUGUCCUUAAAGGGGGUAAGGUUUUUUGGCUGAUUCCUCCUACUCCACAAAACCUUGAGCUGUAUGAAAAUUGGGUCCUCUCUGGUAAGCAAGGUGAUAUUUUUCUGGGAGACAAAGCAUUAGAAUGCCAGCGCAUACAGCUGAAGCAAGGCUACACAUUUAUGAUUCCUUCAGGAUGGAUUCAUGCAGUGUAUACCCCAGUGGACACUAUUGUAUUUGGAGGAAAUUUUCUUCACAGCUUUAACAUUCCUAUGCAGUUGCACAUCUACAACAUAGAGGACAGAACACGGGUGCCAGCUAAGUUUCGAUACCCGUUCUACUAUGAGAUGUGCUGGUAUGUGCUUGAGCGAUACCUUUACAGCAUGACCAAGAAAUCAUUUCUCACUGUGGAGUUUCAGAGAGAGUCCCUGGGCAUUGGUUUAGAACCUGAAGUAAAUGGAAAUCUACACAACGGCGAUGCCUUUGAUGAUGGAGAACACGAAGAUAAAUCGCCAGAAAGUGGUUCUCCAGAAGAUGGAGGAGGGGGUGGUGGUGGUGGCAUCAAAGAUGAGAGUGGUAAUAGCUGGAUCCACCUUACCGCAUUUGAGCUGGAGGGCCUUAAGAACCUGGUUGGCAAACUAGAAUCCCUUCCUUCAAAUAAGAAGUGUAUUCCUGCAGGCAUUCAGAAUCCAGAUGGAUUGCUGAUUGAAAUGAAGAAAUUGUUAGAGGAGCAUAGUAAUGAUGACCUGGAAUUAGCCUGUACAGGGAUCCCAAUUGUCAAGUGGCCUAAGAGGCCCCCCUCCUAUCAGCCGCCUACCCCCCUCCCAGUGGGGCGACCCAAGAUGAAUAUAUAUCCAACUGGCUCCAGGCCUGUUCGGUCUAACUUGGGGGGUGGCUCCCGUAGCAGUGUAUCUGUGCUACGACGGCGAAGGGUGCGGUGUCGAAAGUGUGCAGCUUGUACCCGCCGGGAGUGCGGUGAAUGUAAUUUCUGCCGUGACAUGAAGAAGAAUGGAGGCCCAGGCCGCCUUAAGCAGUCAUGUGUACUGCGUCAGUGUCUUUCUCCGGGGCUACCACUUUCUGCAGUCUGUGCAGCUUGUAAUGAGGGCACCCAAGAUCCUGAGGAGGCAACUGACUUGUCACUGACCCUAAUGGAAUGUUCUUCCUGCUCUGAAAUUAUGCAUCCAAAGUGUAUAGAUGUUCCAGGAGAAGGCGAAAUAAAUAAAGAUCUACUUAACUGCUGGGUUUGUCCCAAGUGUGUCUUAGCCAGAAGGGAAGAAAGCCAAACAGAGUCUGAGGAAGACAGUGCGUCCCCUGCCAGCCCCGCUUCAGCUGACCUCUCCGCUUCAACGAUUGAUUAUGACAAGCGGGGCCUUCGUGGAAGCAACUCUGAAUCCCGUGUUGGAGGAAAGCUGACGGCUAGUCACACAGAUGGCAGACGCCGGCACCUACUUCACAAUGCCAUAAACCAGAAUCCUGCAUCAGCUGCAGGGCAGAGGCAUCGUCGGCUUACACCAGCACAGCAGCAGUAUCAGGAGUACCUGCAGCAACGGAAGAGGAAGCUACAUACAACCACAAGUCUUGAGCUUCGACACAAAAAGAAGAUGAAACUGGAAAGGGAAAAGCUGUUCUUGCAAGCUAGGAGGAAGGCUUAUGAAGUAGGCUCACGAUACUCCAGGCUGAAGAUUUUGCGACCUCUAAGAAGCAGGGAAGAUUCCAGUGGUACUGCCUCAUCUUCUCUGGGAGGAUCUGCUAUAAGCCGAACAAGAAUGAAUUCCUCGUCCAGUAAAAGGGGUAGAGGAAUGUCCACUCGUUCCUGUGACCGAGGCAAAAAUGAGGGAGUGUCACGUUAUCCAACAAAAGCUUCAUCUGCCCGCAUGGAUUCCAGGGAGAAUCUAAGUUUACGAAGUGCCAGAUUCAGGAGGCGGCAGGAGCAGCUGCAGUCAAGUGUUCCCACAGGUGCUACAGGGGUGCCCAAUAAGCAAGGACAGGUUAUUAUUCAGGGCAAAGAGAACCGGCCAAACCAGACACAGGGAAUGUCAGCAGAUGAAGAGUGCUUGGACAGUGAUGGUGACAUGAGCACAGAGCCCACAGUAGUAAUUGCUGACCUAGGAGAGGAAUUGGAGAGGGCACGACUCAAAGGCUCUUAUCUGACUGUCACAUUACAGAGACCUCCAAAAGCUUUUAAUGGGUCAUCUAUUGUACCCAAACUCCAAGCCAUACCCCACUGUCCUUCCGGCACGCAAGGCUCUCUGAGAAAGCACCCGCGAGUAAUUCCCAGGCUGGAAGCAGAUAAUGAAAUGGAUGAUGUUCAGGAUCAGGAUUCUGAGACAUAUUGCACAGGGUCAGCGCUCAACGGGUCACCUCCAGGAGCUAGCAAUGGGGGCAUUGCUAUGAAAGGCAUCUCUCUCUCUUCACGUGGAAUCAUUGAUGACUGUCGGGAUCCCACUAUGCAGAAGGAGAUAUGGAUGUCGGUAUUUCGCUACCUCACCCGCAAAGAGCUCUGCGACUGCAUGGCUGUCUGCAAAACCUGGUACAAAUGGUGCUGUGAUAAGAAACUGUGGAUGAAAAUUGAUUUGAGCAGGUGCCGAUCUAUCAGCCCUCAAGCACUCAGUGGUAUUAUUAAAAGACAACCAAUCAUGCUUGACCUCAGCUGGACCAACAUCUCCAAAAAGCAGCUUGCUUGGCUUAUCAAUCGCCUUCCAGGUUUAAAGGAUUUGAUCCUUGCUGGUUGCACUUGGUCGUCUAUUUCAGCUCUCAGCACUUCUAGCUGCCCUCUCUUACGAACUCUUGAUUUACGAUGGGCAGAAGGGGUGAAAGACUCUCAAAUACGAGAUUUGCUAACACCGCCAGGUGCAGACAACCGGAGCAAGCUUCGUAAUAUGGUGUCUUUCCGCCUAGCUGGUCUUGAAAUUACAGACGCCACACUUCGCCUGAUUAUUCGACACAUGCCCCUGCUGGCUCGCUUGGAUAUCAGUCACUGUACCUACGUAACUGACCAGUCUGUGAACCUGCUGACUGCUGUGGGCUCAUCAACAAGGAAUUCUCUCACAGAGAUCAACCUGGCUGGCUGCAACAAGCUAACAGAUCAGUGCCUAGUAUUCCUCAAACGCAUCUCCAAUGUGACUCUUAUUGAUCUGCGUGGUUGCAAGGGGAUUACACGGCGGGCCUGUGAACAGUUCAUUUCAGACUUGUCCAUCAACACACUGUACUGCCUAAGUGACGAGAAGUUAAUCCAGAAGAUAGGCUAGUGACGAGCUGUGGACAAAGGACUGCAAGAAAAACUUGCUUUGGUUUAUCUGAGCAACUCUGUUACCAGGACGUUGAACUGUUUCACAGCAGCACCCUGCAGGCCUAGAGACUUUGACAGACUAACUGCUGGUGCCACUGUCUGUACAUAUAUAUAAAUAUAUAUAUUUUUCCCUUUUUUUUUUUUCUUUUUUCAAAAAAGUCAAAUUUUGACAUUUAAAAAAAAACAAAAAACAAAAAUCUUUCUAAAGUCACUUAUGAGCGCAAGGGUUUAAUGAGCUUGUUUGUGUGUGAGUAGCUUGAACAAUCACUUCCUUUGAAUUUCAACCCAAACAAAUACACAUUUAGAGAAAACGGGGCAGAGGGUUAGACUACUGCUUUAUUCUUUUUUUUUUUUUUCUCCUUUCAAGUCCUGUCAAUGAAGACCGAACUUCCAUAUUUAAACAUAUAGUUUGCCAUUUGCGUUAUCAUGGAGCUGACAUACUGAGAGGGAAUGGUUGCCAGGUGGGCAGUACCACCGAUGUAUGGUGUGUAGCUUGUCAAUAAACCCGUUUCUAAAGCA